AACAAAGUGAUUUUACAAGGGAUAUGCGUUUAGAGAAUGGUUAUUAUUCUCACUUUUUGAAACAAUUCAAAAAUGAACAUGGUGAAGAAGGAGAAUUUUUAAUAAAACAAUUUAAAGAGAUUAUAAGUAGAAAUAAUAAAGAAGUUAAAAACCUUCAAUUAGCUUUUUCAAAUACAUUGAAUUUGAAAAAGAAUUUUUUGCAACUAGGUACCUCAAAGAAUGAAAGAGAUUUUUUAUCAGACCUGCAAGACCUUUGCGUAUUACUUCAAAACCAUAUAAAUUCAAUAGAAGCUGACAAAGAUAUUAAAUACUUUGA